AUGAUGAUGACUGUUUCACGAUCUGUCAAUUCUCGCCGUAGUUUUCGACAUUUGCGUUAUUCAUCAAAUAAAUCAUUAUAUAAUGAAUCAAAUUUUGAAGAGAAUGAUGCUGGUUUAUCAGAAUUAGCAUUCGUUUUAAAUUUUAAUGUUAAUAUAACAUGUAAAGAAGUACGUGGUUUAAAAUCAAUUCCAACAAAUCGUAUUGUUUAUUGUACAAUGGAAGUUGAAGGAGGAGAAAAAUAUCGAACUGAACAUGCUGAAGCUGGAAAAUCUGUUUGGGAAUCUUUAGCUGAAUUUCCAACAAAUCAAAUUUUACCCAUUAUUAAAGUUAAACUUUUUAUGGAAAAUCCUGGUUUACUUAGUUUAGAUGAAAAUAAACUUGGAAAAUUAUCUUUACAAAUUGAUCCCACUUUUAAUAAAACAAAUUGGUGGAUUGAUAUGAUUAAAUCUAAAUAUACAUCAAAUGAACAAUUAAAAGUUAAAUUAGAUGUUAGAAUGGAAAAACCACAAAAUCUUAAAAUGUGUGGAUGGUGCUAUGCUAGAGGAAAAAAUGUAUGGAAAACAUGGAAACGACGAUAUUAUGCAUUUGUUCAGGUAUCUCAAUAUUGUUUUGCAACAUGUAGGUAUCGUGAAAGAAAAUCCGAACCAACUGAAAUGAUGCCACUUGAAGGUUAUACUGUUGAUUAUGCUGAACCUGAUAAUGGUUUAAUAAUGCAUGAUGGAAAAUAUUUUUUUACAGUUGUACGUGAAGGUGAUGUUGUUACAUUUGCAACAAAUGAAGAAAAUGAACGACAUAGUUGGGUACAAGCAUUAUAUCGUGCUACUGGUCAAUCACAUAAACCAACACCACCAAUAACACAGAUUAAUAAAUCAAAUUCAACAUCAGGACAAAAAGAUCUUUCAGAUUCUGAUCGUUCAAAAAAUCUUGGUUUUGAUGAAUAUAUACAAAGUGAUCCAU